CUCCUCCUGCUGCUGCAUCUGCAAGACUGACGCUAGCCUUAGCUUCACCAAAGACAGCAACUUUAAAGCCUCUGAGAACUCAACGUUUCUCUGCUCUGCUCGAUCGAUUCAGUUUGCCCUGCUUGGCCUUGUAGGUGACUAACCUGCAGCUAGCUCCAUCCAGAUUAGCUCUCUCAGCUCAGGUGAUUGGCAGUUUGGCACAGGCAGGAAGGAAGUAGAUUUGCUUGCCUGCAGCACACGCACACCUACCAAGCUUCUACACUUGCAACCAAGCUUUGAUCGUUGCUUUGCUUGGCUUGGCUUCGCUUGGAUUUGUACCAAGAACGUACCUUUCUUCUUCUUCUUCUUCCUCUCGUCAGGCGGCCAUGGGGAUGAGUUCAUGCGUGAACCUAUCCCGUGCCGCCGCCGCCGCCGCGAAACGACAGGGUUUUGCUGCUGUCAGCGGCAACCGGGGUCAUGGCAGAAGCGUGCUUCCAGUUGCGCUGCCAUCGAGGAGGAAGGGGAGCAGUGGUGGCGUGGCGUGCUGCGUCUCCUCCUCGUCGUCGUCCUCCUCCGUGCGCGGCAAGAACUCAGGAGCCGGGUCCCCGGCGGCGUCGGAGGUUCACGCCGACGGCAUUGGGAUCGCGCAGUUCCUCGGCGGCAAGAACUUCCUCAUCACCGGCGGAACUGGGUUCCUGGCGAAAGUUCUCAUCGAGAAAAUCUUGCGAACGAACCCCGAUGUUGGCAAGAUAUACGUGCUGAUCAAGGCGAAGGACAGCGACGCAGCACUGAAACGAUUGCAGAACGAGGUUGUGGACACAGAAUUGUUCAGGUGUCUGCAGGAAAUCCAUGGCAAGGACUACCACAGCUUCGUCGCAAGAAAGCUGGUUCCUGUGGUUGGAGAUGUCAGAGAAGCCAACGUUGGCAUCGCCCCAGAGCUAGCCAGUGUGAUCGCUGAAGAGGUUGACAUCAUCGUGAACUCAGCAGCAAACACCACUUUCGAUGAGAGGUACGAUGUUGCUAUGGACAUCAACACCGUGGGGCCAUUCAGGAUAAUGAGCUUCGCGCAGCGGUUUCGAAGGCUGAAGCUGUUCUUGCAAGUGUCGACAGCAUAUGUGAACGGGCAGAGGCAAGGUGUGGUGCUGGAGAAGCCAUUUCGGCUGGGUGACACCAUAGCCAAGGAGCUGGGGUCGUCUUCAGAUUCUGAAGAACACAAGAACACCAUUCUCGAUAUCGAAGCAGAGAUCAAGCUAGCUUUUGACCACAGGAGACACUCUGAUGACUCGGCUUCUUUCUCUGAAGAAAUGAAAGAGUUAGGAUUAGAGAGGGCGAAACUCCAUGGUUGGCAAGACACUUAUGUGUUCACCAAGGCCAUGGGAGAGAUGGUGAUCAACAGCAUGAGAGGAGACAUACCGGUGGUCACCAUCAGGCCUAGCGUCAUCGAGAGCACCUGGAGCGACCCAUUCCCUGGUUGGAUGGAAGGCAACAGGAUGAUGGAUCCCGUUGUGCUGUACUACGGCAAAGGCCAGCUGAGUGGGUUCCUCGCCGAUCCGGAGGGUGUUCUUGACGUGGUUCCGGCGGACAUGGUGGUGAACGCGACGCUGGCGUCGAUGGCGAAGCACGGGCGCGGCGGGGCGGCGGCGGCGGCGGAGGGGAUGCAGGUGUACCACGUGGCGUCGUCGACGGUGAACCCGCUGGUGUUCGGCGAGCUGAGCCGGUUCCUCUUCCAGCACUUCACGAGGGCGCCGUACAGCGACGCGGCGGGGCGGCCCAUCCACGUGCCGCCGAUGCGGCUGUUCGACAGCAUGGAGCAGUUCGCCAGCUACGUCGAGACGGACGCGCUGCUGCGGAGCACCCGGCUCGCCGGCGCCGGGGAUGAGAGGCUGUCGCAGCGCGUGCGCGAGCUCUGCGCCAAGUCCGUCGAGCAGACCGUCCACCUCGGCAGCAUCUACCAGCCCUACACCUUCUACGGCGGAAGGUUCGACAAUGGCAACACGGAGGCGAUGAUCGCGGAGAUGUCGGAGGCGGAGAAGACGCAGUUCCACUUCGACGUGCGGAGCAUCGACUGGACGGACUACAUCACCAACGUGCACAUCCCGGGGCUCAGGAAGCACGUCAUGAAGGGGAGGGGCGCCGCCGGCCCCGGCGCCGGCGCCGCCGCGUCGUCGUCGUCGUCAAACGCCUCGCUGCUCGCCGGCGCCCCCGUCUGAACGGCGCCGGAGGAGAAAGCUAGGGGAUGCAUGCAUGCGCCGCGGCGUGUACACUAGGCUUAGAAUUGUUGCUAUGCCGUGACCCGAUGAUGAUGUUGCUGCUGCAGCUCCGUUUCGUUCCUCCAUGAAGGUUACCAUGUGAAUUUAUUGGUUCGUAUUAGCAGUAUUUAAGGUUGAUGUGAGGGGGUGUAAUCACGCUUGUUCCACAUCACAUUAUAGAUAUGUCAUUUUCUAUCAAAGGUAAUGACAGCAAAAGCUGGGAGUUAAUUUAACAGGAUUUACAAAAGAUGCGCUUAAUUCAUAAUGCUUUCGCAUUAUAAGACA